AUGCUUGCGUUAUCAAUUCUUUUUGCUCUUUUCUUCUGCCUUACUAAGUCUCCUAGACAGAUCGGCUACGAACUCGUUUCUGUUCUGGUUGGCCCUUUUACUCGCCUUCAUUCAUCAUCAGUGUGUUCAUUGUUGCCACCGCCCACUGCACCCUCCCUCCCUAACGCUGCUGACCACUCUAAUCCUGCUCCUCAUAUCACACUUCUUUCCGGCAGAGACGACCUUGGUGUGCUCCGGAAAUCCUGCCUAGCACCAGACGUAUGCCCGAAAACAGGUGAAUAA